AUGGGCUUCGAGCGAGAGGGCGCGCGAGCGCACGCGCCGCCUCGGGCUGACUUGCUAAGUAGAACAAGCGCAGGCGCGCGUGCGCGCAGGUGCCGCAAGAGCGCGUUCGGGGAGGGGGGAGGAGGAGGCGGGGGCGGGAGCUUAGGCGUUGCCUGGCAGCAGAGGGUAUAUAAGCUGCAGCCCGGCCGUUGCUUUCGCUUGUUCGACGCCAUCUGGUCUGUCGCUUGGAUAGACUUGUGAGUGGGGCGGGGUGGGGGGGAUGCUGCGGCUGGAGAGGGAGCUUUAGGGUGGGCCUAGAGGGUCUGGGGGGUGGUCUGGGUUGUCCAGUCGACCAUGGUGGGGUGGGUGGUGUCGUAUAGAGGAUGCUGGGAGGGGGGAAGGGGCGCCCUAUAGAGGAUGCUAGCUGGGUGGGUGGGGGCUGCAAGCCUGGGCGAAUGGGGAUUAUUGUUUAAUUUAAAAGUCGAUGGUCUUGACAUUUAUUUGCCUGUUAAUGCAUUUAUAUCCUCCGUUUUCAGUGCUUUUAAAUUGCUCGUUGCCUUCUGAUGACUUUUAUUCCUUCUUUACUUACAUGUGUGGGUUUUUUGCACUCCCAUUUCUUCCUCAAGGUGCACAUGGUUCUUCUUCCGCACCUCACAAACAACCUUGUGAGGUAGGUUGCUGGGGGGGGGGAGAGCCCCCCCCCUAAAGUGAGCACCUGAACCGCCACUGGGACACCUGCUCUCUUAGGUCCCUAAUCUGGUGCUCUAACCCCUGAAAACCACACUAGUGGGCUGAGGUAUUGAAAAGGUGGCUUAGGCAUCUUUCCAGUUAAGAAACAGACUGUGGCUGGGUAACUAAAAUGGAGGCGGAAGGAGAGAUGAUGUCUGAGAGGACUGCGCUGUGUUGGGGGUUGACCCCAGAAGACCACCGUGAGCUUGGCUCUGUACAGUUUUGAGAAGGGCUGCAUGAAGGGGCAAGAGAGGCAUGGGGCAAAGUGGAUGUGUGUCGUCUUCAGAGAAGGGGUGAUGUUUUGGGGUGGGGUGGAUUGUACGUGUGGUUGUCGCGGGGAGUAGCCUUCAAGAGCUAGAGCAUUAGGAGAGCUCAGAAGCAUGAGUCAACCACAUAGCAACAUGGUGCUUCUUUCUGCAGUGCUAUGAAGCAGAUAGCAGGAGGCUUGUGGUCGGGCGGGGGGGGGGCAGGCCUGUGGACAGGAACAGUCCCUAAAUGGCUUUAGGGCAUAGAUGGAGGAGGGUGCUGUUGUAGUGGACUGGUUUGGGGACUUGGAGGACAGGAGGUGUGGGGCAAGGGGAAGCUCAGCUAGCAUGCUGUAGCGGUGAGAGUGUUUCACUAAGACAUGGCAGGAACCAGGUUCAAACCUGCACUCAGUCCACUGUAUUGGGUGACCUUGGGCCAGUCACCACUUCUCAGCCUAAGCCUCCCUCACAGGGUUGUUGUGAGGAUGAAAUGGGGAAGGAGGACCAUGCACACCACCUUGAGCUCCUUGGAAGAAACAGUAGUAUAUAAACAUAAUAAACACAAACACACCUACCCCACAAGGUGGUUUCAGGGCUUAAAUUUGGACGGAGUGGGAGGAGAAGGGGAGCCAUGUGUGCCACUUCGGUCUCCUUGGAGGAAAGGUUGGGGUGUAAAGGGGAAUAAAUUACGGGAUUGCAGGUUUGCUUGAUGCUACAAUGCAGCAGUUUGGAGAGAGAAUGUUGCCCUUGAUGGGUGCAUGGUAAGGGGGUUGUAAGGAAGCUUUAGGGCUUGCGUUGAAAAUAUUUGCAGUGACACAAAUGCUGGAUACCAAGGAAGCUUCCCCCAUAGUGAGGUGCCAGGAGGGAAGCUUCAGCUACUGCUAGAGAAGGCACUAAACAACUGAGAGUAGGAGACGAUGAUGCAGGUUCAUCUGGUAGUGCUCUGCCUCUGUACCAUGGAUCUCUCUAGAAAUGCAACUGCGUCAGAAAAACCACUGAAGAGUCAAGCCUGGACCAUUCCAUUUUGAGGACUGUUAGAUGAGCAGUUCCUGCCUUUUUACUUCAUCAAUGGAAGGAGCGUCUCCCUUACUUUUUUUUUUUUUAAAAAAAACCAGGAAUUUAAUGAAAGAUACUCUCCCACCUACUCCCUCCUGUAGAUAUAAGCCCAGGUUUCUAUCUUUUUUUUUAACUGCUCAUCCCCUUUGAGGAAUAAUAUUACAUCAUUUUUAUUGUAUAUAUUUUGCAUAAACCAAAAUAUAAGAAGUUGUAGAGAUUUGUUCUGCUGUAUCAGUGCCAGGUGAGAAGGAACUGGUUGAUGUUUAUAUACAUUGCCUUUACCCUGGCUGGGUAGUUUUCAAUACUUACGGAUUUUUGCAGAGGUAGGAAAGCAAAGACCCCUUGUUACCUAGCGAGCGAGUUGGUUUCUUCCAGAUCAACUGCUAAUUGUAUGGAUCCGUCCUGUUCAUGUGACUGUCGCAUCACAUCGGUGAGAUUAGGAAGCAGUGAUGUCUGCGUGCAGCCAGGCACGCUCCAAAGAGCAGCAGUUGAAAGAUGGCCAGGAUUUUCCCUCAGGGAUUUCAGAAACUGAAAAGCUACUUCCUCGCAAAUAAUGCCAUUGUUAGAAGGGAAAUUAAUCUGACUCUUAUUUUUGGUAGAAACUAGGCUGCAGAACCGUGUGCUCAUUGCAAGAAUGAGACUCUGCAAAUAUGCUGCACCACUAUAAAUUCAUCCAGUGCCCUGCUGGCAGAAUAUAAAGCAUUUUUUUUAAUUCUACACUUUUUAUACGUUGAUAGCCUGUUCGAAAAAAUCUACUUUCUUGGAGCUGUAGCUCAAAAUUUAAGUGCACACAAUGUCUACUUAAAACUGCAAUCAUAAUGAAAUAUUGAGACAUUGAAUAUGUUGCAAGCCUGCAUUAUUGACUACAGCAGGCGAAUAGAUGGACCUUCGGUAGAGGUGAUCCACAGAUCAAGUAUAUAAUCUUUCUGUGAAGGAGGUUGUAAGUCUCAAUUGCUAAUAUGAGCAGACAGCUAACUGUUAUCUUGCUCCAGGCUCCCCACAAACAACAAGAAGGGAAACAUGCCUAGGCUUAGACUAAAGGCUAAAAAAACAGACUUCCUAUCUUUGGUCAGUGGAGGUCAAAUGCAAACUGUUUGUUCCAGGAAUGCAGGAAGAAGAUAAGAGCCCAUUUUCUAACUGAAAAUCUGGAUCCCGGUUGUUAGCAAGGGUACACUGCAAUGGGUGCCAUAGGUUUAUACUGAGAAAUGUUUAGCAUGAUUAGAACUGUGCAACUAGCUCUAGGUCUGACUAAGACCACUGGCAUCUAUGAGCUUUGGCACAUCUAACUGCAUAGGAGUAGGGUGUGGGCAGACUUUUCUGCUGCACCAAUACAGUCUCAAGGUCACAGCAUCUGCAGCCAGGACGUGAUGGUUGUAAAAUGCUCUGGGGCUGUGAGUAUGCGCCUGCCGACGCUGCUCUGGGCUGUGGUUGCUGCUUAAUGUACUCUUGGAUGGGUUUGGGACUCUGCUGUUGGCCACAGAGCGUCACUGCAGCAUUUAGAUGCCUGCAGAAGGAUGGGAAUGUACUCCUGUGAUGGACUGUUGCUUCUGUCGUGAUGUACUAGGUACACGUAUGGAAGGCCAAAAUGGUAAUGAAGCAAUAGAAGAAAAUAUAUCUGAUUAAUACUCAUUUUGUCAAACUUCUGUGGCAGUCAUACAGUUCCAAGCUGUUGCAUUCAUGGAAGCUGUGUAAACCGGAAGAUCCAAGAACACCAAAUAACAGUGGCAAAAUUAUUUAUGUUUAGGCCAAUGUCGUUUUCACAGCAAUGCUGCAAAAUUGCUAUUGCUAAGUUCCCCUUUUUACCGUACACCGUUGUGAAAAUGCGUUGGCAAAUCUGCAGUGGGUUGCAAAAUUCCAUGGGGCUGUCUGCCAAGGAAUCGAAAGGUGUUUCUGUACCGAGCAAUUUAGAAAUAAUACGCUUGAGAGGCUGCAGACCUGAGCUGUUCUGAAACAAAAUGGCUUCUGUUCUUCCAGUUGCGGUUGCCAAGAUAUUUAUUGUUUGGCAUGCAACAUUUUAACAAAAUCAGGGAAAAUGCAGGAUUUCUAAAUAAAAGAUCAUUUGACUAAGACCUUUGCUUCUUUCUUUCCUUGGUUUGCUUCAUUUUAAUAUCUCCUUGUAUGGGAAGCACUUGGUUGGCAAAAGAGGUACCAUUUCCAAAGCAUGGCUCCAUUAGUAUCACUAGUGGGGCUGAAAGUCUGGCAAGCAGUGUUGCUAGAAAUAAUUGAUGGUUGAUGGUGGCUGUAGCAGGGAAGGUUGGAAAACCCCCACCUUAACGUGUUACUGGCAUCAUCUGCAUUUUUGAAAAGUCAUCUAGUAUCCAUCUUUAUACAAAUAAGAGAUAAUAUGACUAAGGUGAUCCUGCUCAAGGUUGAAGUGGUGAGAUACACAAAUGUGAUACUGGUUUUGUAUUGCAAAGCCGCUAUAACUCAGCGGGAGAAAUUAAUACUGGAACCUCAGGAUGGUAAGACACUGUAUUUAUUCUUUUCUCUGCCUUUUUGUAUUUUAUGAGUAUUUUCCUACUUGCCGUUGGCAGAAGCCUAGGUUAAAAUGACCAGGGGAAGCAACUUGUUCUACUUGUAACAAACCAUAUAAUCAUGGUUAUAUAAACCUGUAGCUUAGACUCAAUACAAAUGGGGCCAACAGGACAUAAAGCAAACUUGCAGAGUCAUCCUGCUGAAUGCAAACAAAGGGGCUCAGGAACACAAAUGUAGAUAGUCAUGCUUAUGUAACUGUCUUCAAAUGCGAAGCUGUGCUCUCUUGAUUCAUAUAUAACCUUGGCUAUCAUCUGCUUUCUGGUCUGGGCAGGAGCACUGUGCAAAUAGCUGUCCUUGUUUGUCUAGCAUUCUGCUAUGCCCCCAGGGCAAAAGUUUCUCCACUUAUUCUUGGGUUCUGCACAGGAUGCUGAAGCAAAAAAGUAGAUUGAAAGCUGAAAAGACCUUGAUAGGCAACUGAUACAGUCACCUCUGUGCCGUAUUGCUAUUGCCAUUUUGGCAUACAAGCAGUAUAUAUAUAAAAAUAUGGUAUAUGUUGCAUUGUUGAAGUUAUAACCAAAAGAGCCAUUUCACAAUUUUCGGAACUAUCAAUGAGCUGCUGUAAUAAGGCAUUUUUCUGUUGCUACUCUUCAUCUUCAGGGAUAUGUUUACAAUGUUUUCCUAGUAUCUGCUCAGUAGGGUAGAACUGGACUGUGGUUCUUCUGAAGAUGGCUCCAAAAAUCUAUUGUUUCAAUCUGAAUUUUGGUAAUCCCUCUAAAUAACAUUUUUUUUGCUACCAGCGUAGGAACUAGUCUUUCAGACUAACAUUUCCAGGAAAGCAAGUUACUUGGAGAACAUUUGGAGGUGCACUUCUAAAAAUUGCCAGACCUUCUUAUCUCCCCACUACCCCGAUGCUCUUUGUUCUUAUAACCACUUUUGGGCCAGCAGUCCCUGAUUCUUAUUAAGAACACAGUUUUGAAUGGGUGGUGAAAAACAGAAAUGCUGGGGAGCAAAGGAAUCUUUGAUAAUAGCUGCAGCAAGUUUAGCCGAGCAGAAGUUAACCAGCCUCCUGAAAUCCUCUUUCAGUAUUUCUAGGUAGAGAAACGGUAGAUAGGUCAGCCAGCAGAAUGAAUCGCAGUUGCUCACCGCCACCGGAUUGUGGCGGCACAUCAGUUAGUGUCAAAGUUUUCAGGUAAGCAAAUUUCUUGAGGGGGUUCUGAUGAACGUUUAAAUACCGGCAGCCUUCUCCAUGAGUUGGUAAAGCCAAUGUAACUAGAGGUAAGCUAUAUAGUGGUAAAAAUAACAGUAAAGCCUGCAGGUUCACAAUAUAUGGUUUGAAAGCCACCCUGUUCUAGGUCUGUUAAACUUCAUUUGUAAAUGAGGUUCAACAAUGGGUAAGGCAAACUCCAGAACCUCAGUGAAACCCAUUUAAGAGAACUUUUCUCCAAGUGAGAUUCUCCCAAACAGAUGUAAGUUAUUUAGGAACUUCCUUUAGCAUGUAGUGUGUGCUUACUGAAAUUUGGUUAAGCAAGCAUGUUCUAUCUGGGUAUGAAAAUCUUUUUUAUUAAACCUUUUCACUGUUCUCCAUAUUGAAGGCUUGUUUACAUGUUCAGAAGCACCCAAAGUUGUCGUUUGGGUUAGUGAUCCUAGGCGACCAGCCCCCUUUAGCGUGGCCAGGAAUGCUGGAAUGUUUUGGAAUUGCCAUCUAUCCUUGCUUGCCUCAGUGUAUUGUGUGAUGGAAUCUUCAACUCUUGGAUGAAACUACAGAAAACUAUGCUCUCAUGUAUCCUGGCUUUUGCUAUGGCAGGGAUUCAGCUACUUUACAUAGAAGCAUAGCAAAAUGAAUCUCACUCUGGAGAAAACUGUGUGUUAUGGUUAACCUUGACUUGGAGGCUCCCUUCAGUCUUAAAAUAUUUGGCCUCCCUCCAGGUUUUCAGUCUACAAGGCUAUUUUGCCUUGUGAUGGUAUGUAUUGUUACUUUCUGGGGUUCCCCACUUGGCUGUCCUGUGCAAUGUGGUCUUACAGGAGCUGCAUCAUGACACAAUUAGUGAAGCUGUUUGUCAUUUCCAAGCCUUUGGGGCAUGUGGCCUGUCAGAAGUAGCCUGGCAGGCAGCAAUUUUAAGAUCUUAUUCCGGGACGCUUGGUUUAAUCCAAGAACAAAACAAAGCUACUGGCAAAUUAAGGAGUGGACAGUCUCUCAGAGAUAUGUACAGGCAUACAUUGGAUCUUGAACGCCUUGCAACUCGAACAUUUUGGCUCCCAAAUGCCGCAAACCGAAAGUGAGUGUUCCUGUUUGCAAACGUUUUUUGGAAGCCAAAUGUCUGAGACAACUUCCGCGGCUUCUGAUUGAGUGCAGGAAUCUUCUGCAGCCAAUCAGAAGCCGCACCUUGGUUGUCGAACAUUUUCGUAAAUCAAACGGACUUCCACAAUGGAUUCUGUUCGACAACGAAGGUACGACUGUAUACUAAAUCGGAAGUUUACAUUGAUUUCGUUGUUCUUGCCCUGGAAUGAGCAAACAAGCUUCCUAAUUACACAGUAAAUCCCGUUUUGAAACUCAAGUUGCCUGGCCCAAUGCAAACCAUGUAAUAUGCAUCGCUCACCAGAAAUAAUUCCUGUAAUGUGUGUUGUAGCUGUGCAUUUUAUCCAGAGUUAGACCCAUUGAAAGUAAUGAACCCAGUCAAGUGAAGGGAUUGGAUCAGCAAAGUUAGGGUCUGAAUAAAUAUAAUCGAAGUGAUAGGAGCUCAUUUUUCCUGCAUGGUAAGCCAAGCUUUCUCCUAUCUUUGUAAUAAAGGAAUACUAGUAGUGUGAAUGUUGCUUAGUCAUGAGUCUUCCCCCUGUGCUUUAGGUGGCUAUCUUUUUGAAGCAUCACAUGUAGGGCUUAAAAAAUAUCAAUAUGAGCAACUGCUAAGCUGACUCUGGAAUUAAUGGAAGUGAAGGGGGUUCAUGAUGUCACAGGAGCCAUCAAAGCAUUGCUGUGUACAGCCAGCCUCUGGUCCAAAGUUGAAGCUCAAGUUCCUGAAUUCAACCCUGGAGCAGAAAUUACCAUAGAACAAAAUGCUUGUGGCAUACUCCGUUUGCCCCACUGCCUUUCCCCUUGGGAAACCCAGUCUUUAGUGGUGAAUUGAAACAAUCGGCAAUUGAGUUUCUGCAGAUUGCCAUUUGUUCCACUGUAUUGCUAAAGAGCGAAUUUUCUGGGGGAAACUGGUGGGGCAAGGCAAAACCACUCAGACCCAUGUCUGAAAAGUGUGGGACAAGUGGAAGACCACUCAGACCCCGCCCCCGGCACAGGACGAGCAGAAGUGUGCACAAGCCUAGAGUUUGUAUGUAGACCAGUACAGUAUCUGGAAAUUCUCUUUGAGUAAGUAGCGGGUCUCUUCCUCCUCUUGUUGCAACACUGUGCAGUGGAUUUGAGUCACAUGUCACAGUGUAGAUCAUUGUAAACCAAGGUUGCUGGGAAGAAGAGAGAUACAUAGGUCAAUAUGAAGUCCAUCCUUGUUAGAAAAGUCCUGAAGUUAAAUCUUCAUGGCUUGCAUAAAUGAUCUAACCGUUGAAUAAAGAAUGUUGGGGGGGGGGGGAGCAGGAAUAAUGAAUAUCCUUGGGUUAACCCACAUGGGAGUGUGAUGGCCCCUUAAAGAAUCUUGGAAGUGGUAGUCUAGGGAGGGGGCUGAUUAUUACUGGCAUCUCCUACCGUAGACUUCUAGUUGUGGGGAGUGAGAAUGACUUAAACCAAUUAAAAUCUGUUUAGCCAAUAUGAUCUUUAGUUGUCUCUGUCCAAGCCAGCAUGCUUACUCCUUUCUGAUGCUUCCAGGCUCGAGAUAAGUGAAGGGUCUCCUCCAAAAAUCUCUCCAGAGCCGGCACCUACCCCCGAGGCAGAACCACCUACCCCAGAGGCAGAACCGCCUACCCCAGAGCCAGAACCAGAAGCUCCACCACCUCCUCCUCCUCCACCUCCACCACCUCCGAAACGUAUGGCGGAAUUUCAUGUUGGGAUCAAUGGGUAAGGAUUUUUCAAAAGGAGCAUUUGCUUGCUGGUUUGUUUGUUGUAACACAGUAUACCGUAUUUUUUGCUCUAUAAGACUCACUUUUUCCCUCCUAAAAAGUAAGGGGAAAUGUGUGUGCGUCUUAUGGAGCGAGUGCAGGCUGCGCAGCUAUCCCAGAAGCCAGAACAGCAAGAGGGAUCGCUGCUUUCACUGUGCAGCGAUCCCUCUUGCUGUUCUGGCUUCUGAGAUUCAGAAUAUUUUUUUUCUUUUCCUCCUCCAAAAACUAGCUGCGUCUUGUGGUCUGGUGCGUCUUAUAGAGUGAAAAAUACAGUAAUACAGUGGGCAGAUAGCUCAGUGAAGAAACUGGCAGGAGUUCCUUACCAGGGAUUGUUAGGAAAGGGGUUGAAGAUAAAACUGCCAACAUCCUAGUGGUGUUACAAUAAUCUGUGAUGAGGCUGCACUUGGAAUACCGUACUGUGUACAGUUCUGGUUGCUGUACCUCAAAAAGGAUAUUGUAGAGAUGGAAAAGGGUCACCAAAAUAAUAUAGGCUGGAACAACUCCCUUGUGAGGAAAGCUUACAAAAUCUGGAGGGGUUUUUCAGUGUAGGAAAAAAGGCAAGCAGAGGGACAUGAUGGAAAUUAUAAAAUUAUGCCUGGUGUGGGGAAAGUGGAUAGAGAGAAGGUUUUUUUUUAAAACCCUCCCUCAUAAUAACCAAACCCAGGAACAUUUAAUGACCCUGAAUGUUUGAUAAUUCAGGACAGACCAAAGGAAGUCCUUCACACAGUACAAUAUGUGUCAAUGCAUAGUUAUAAAUUAUGAACCUUGCUGCCACAAAAAUGUAAUAAUGGCCACCAAUUUCAAUGGGGGUUUAGACUUAAUUCAUGGGAUAGAAAGCUAUCGGUGGCUAUUAGUCACAGUGGCGCAGUGCAUUACCUCCAAUAUUAAAGGUGAUAGGUCUAUGAAUACCAUUUUCAGGGAGUUGGAAGGACUGGAUCAUAAUUAUGAUUUCCAAACUUUGUGCUUUUAAGGAAUCUUUUUUCUACACUAGUUGUCUGCUUGAGGAGCUUUGUACAUGUCCACCACAAAACCCUUGCAUGUUGCAGAGGAUUUUUGGGCGGGCCUGCUCUUGGACAAGUGUGAUCAGACAUUAGGCUUGUUGGACCCACUACAAUGAUGAGGUUCACUGUGCAGAACCAUGUGCAAAAUGGUGGCUUUAAAGUAAGCCAGCUCCCCAUGAGCAAUACUCUAGGAUGACUAGCACAUAAAAGUACUAGUCUGUAUUUGAGUUACUACAGAUUAGGGUUUCUUAACGUCUUAAUUUGUGUGGGUGUUCAUUGUUGUAGUGAAACAACUGGGGCAUCUGGAAUUCUCACCAGUCUAUUGUAAAUCUUCCAGUAAUCUGCCAGUAGAUCCAGAUCUACCGCCUGACGACCCUUGUUCCAGGCAACAUGCUUGACUCAUGUCUUUUGAGCCUCACAGUCACUCAGAAUGUAUAGAGCAUGCAUUCAUGCUACAACAGACCCAAUGUUCUCCUGUGCUGAAUCUUGCAGAGAAAUAGAGCUAUUGAUGAGCAACAUUUUGCAGCAAACUUCGGAUCAUCUUUACUGAUCAUUGUCAUUGGAGAGCUUUCUGAUAAGGUUCCAAGCAACCCUCUGGAACACAGUUUCUAGAUUGGUUAACCAAAAGGUGGCUUCUUGUGCAAGAAAGCAAAAUGCAGAGCAGUAAUAUCUAGUCUCUGAAUGCUCAUUUCAGUGAUAGCCAACAUGGUGCCCUCUUGAUAUUGUGGAGUUCAACUCUCCUCAGCCGAUUAUUGCCAGUAAUCUGGGAUGAUGGGAGUUGCAAAUCACAAUAUCUGGAAGGUACCAGGUUGGCUACUCCUAAGCACCCAUGGGCUUCUAGCAAGGUUUUGAGCUUAAUUGCUCAUACUCUGCAUCCUGAUGUCAACUAUGGGUCUCAGUGGAAAAAGGCUUUUUAAUGUUGUGGAAGCCUUAAUUGCUGCCUAGAAGAAGGCCUAUUCAAGUAACAUAUUCUGCUUGCUUUAGUUAUGUAGAAAGGGCUGAGGGACAUUUGCAACUCUAAUGGAUUGGCUUUUGUCUUUUUGCAGAUUCGGGCGUAUCGGGCGCUUGGUCCUCCGAGCCUGUGUGGAGAAGGGGGUCAAAGUUGUGGCUAUCAAUGAUCCUUUCAUUGACGUCAAAUACAUGGUAAUGGCUUAAUGGUGUCUGACUGAACUCCAAAUGUACAAUGGCCCUUAGUCUGUUUCCUUGGUAGACUGAAAAGGAAGGUUUUAGGGAGUGGUGGUGGUGGUGAAUGGUCACGAUUAUGCUGGUUAGUCCUUGGCAUCCUGGCACCAUCUCAAGUGAAACGUACACAGACACAUUUAUACCCCAUUUGCAUGUUAGUUUACAUAAGUAAAUCCCAGCGCACAUAGAGGUGAAGUGUGUGAAACCGCAAUCAGAAAAUUGGAAAUGUACAGAUUUCUGCACUUACUGUAUGUAAGGCCCUGUUCAAGCGUCAUAUUAACAUAUGGAUACAAUAAGGGGGUAUUGGGUUGGGGUGAUCUGUACCAUCCUCAUGCUUUCUGCAUAAGCUUUUAUUUCUAGCCAAGAAAGCAAAAAUAAGUAAAUCCAGUGCCCUCUGCCUGGCACAAUAUGGUUGCGGUUGACGCUUCUCUUCCUCCUUUAGGUCUACAUGUUCAAGUAUGAUUCUACACAUGGGCGCUUCAAGGGAGAAGUGAAGGCUGAGGACGGCAAGCUGGUAGUGAAUGGCUCAAAAAUCUCUGUAUUCCAGAGGUAAGUGGGGAUAAAAGUCAGGGUCUUGACUAGAGGCGUACCCAUUCUUGGCAAUAAUCUGCAGCAGGCUUCUGAGAUUUUUGUCCGAGGUUUGUGUAACUGAUGACUGGCCCAAAGACUGCACCAAAAAUGUGACAGAUGCAAGGAUUGUGCGUGUACCUGUGCACCAUCCCUAUCCCCACAGAAGACUACAUCUCUUUCUCACGGGCACGAUAAAAUGCAUAUCAUCCUGCAGCAGGCUGUGAUAGAGUUGAAUGCAGAGAGCCAGAGUGCUGUAACGGACUGGAGAAAACCAGAUUCAAAUCAACCUUGUGGCUACAUGACACUGAACUAGUCACUAUUUUUGAAACCUAACCCACCUCACGGGGUUGUUAGAAGAACUUGGGGGUGGAAAACCUCUUUGGAGAAGGCCAGGAUAAAAUGUUACAAAUAGCCUGUUUUGCUUCCCACCUCUCUUGGGUCCUCCUACGUACAUAGAUGUGAACCUGUCUGGGACUGACUUUGCCAUUAGCCCAUUGAUCGUAUCAGGGAUUGUAAAAAGCAACACUCUACUAUUUAGUCCUCACUGGAAUAUUUAAAAGCAUCCAUUCAUUACACUUUACAGUUAUAUAUGGACUCUAAAAGCAUUUCGUCAGUGCAGAGAGUAUCAGUUUAUUCAUACCUCAAUUUUACUAAACUCUUGAUGAAUAGUUUUAAAGACGGUUAAUUAGCAGCCAAGUCCCGCAGGUACAUGACUGCUAACCUGCCCGUGUCCUCUGGCAGCUAAUACCUUUGUGAGAGAUUUCUUCGCACCUCCACAUACCAAAACAGCUACUGACAAAAGGCCUUGCAAUCUUGUAUUUUGCAGCAUGAAACCAAAUGAAAUCCCAUGGGGCGAGGCAGGAGCUUUGUAUGUAGUAGAAUCCACCGGAGUCUUCCUCUCCGUUGAGAAAGCUUCGGUAAGUACCUGUGUAGCUUGCUUGGAAAAGGGAAGCAAUUCUUGGGUAUUUCCGUGACUCUAUGCUGGACUCCCUCCACGAAUGCUUGGUUUCUAAAUGCACAGGGGCAGAUCUCUCUGCUGGAGCAUGCUCCCCUUUGAGUGCUGUGUUUCCAUCCUACUUACAAUGCUUUCUGCAUGGCCUGAGUUUGAUCUUCAGUGACUGACCAAAAAAAAACCCUGCCGCCUUCCACAGGCUCAUCUCCAUGGUGGAGCCAAGCGAGUAGUGGUGAGUGCGCCGUCUCCUGAUGCGCCAAUGUUUGUUAUGGGAGUCAACCAUGAGAAGUACGAUCCCUCCAGCAUGAAGAUUGUGAGGUAAGGCUCCUCUCCACCCCAGCGUUUCGUCUUCUGAGAAGUAGUUUGCUGCAUGGCCAUUCUAGAGAUGGGUCUCUGUGGAUGCUUUCCAGUGAAAGAACAAUCAUGUAGGCAGGGGGCUCAGGUCCUCCCUGGGGGUAGAGGAGUUUGGGUUGGCAGGGUGGUGACAAGAAGGCCUUGCUUUCUCUUUUUCUGCAGAAUAGCUGAGCUUGUGUUGCAAAGCAAGGUGCUAAUGGGAGAGGUGUAGUAAUUCAUAGCAUAUCCCCUGAUGGUUGUGGGAGCUUCUGGCCUACCUGGAAAGCUGAUGAUUUACACAAACUUGUUCAAGAUACCCAGAGAAAAGCCUGGAAAAUGGAACACUACAAUCAAAGCUUGGGGCAUCAACUUUACCUAGCUUUGGAGACAACCCAUAGGUCUUUGCUUGCAAUGCAGGCUCCUGGGUGUGUUACACACAAAGAGGUUGUGCUUUUUCCCUUGGCCGGUUGUUCAGUCAGCUUAAUGUAUCCCUCUUGCUUUUCAGCAAUGCUUCCUGCACCACCAACUGCCUGGCACCUUUGGCCAAGGUCAUUAACGACAACUUUGGCAUUUUGGAGGGCCUUAUGGUAAGAGCAACACAGGAUUGCCUUUGAGAAUGGAGCUUGCAUUCAAGAGCCGGACUUCUGACAAAACCUUUUAUCACCCUGGUGUCUUCAUAUAGACAGUGUGGUCUAGAAGAAACUGAAAUUCCUACACAAUGCACAACUAUAGCUUUCAGUUACCGACUAUAAAAAAGCAUUUAUCCAAAUUGGUGGCUGUUUGAGGAUUCAAAACAAUAUUCUAACAGUGCCAUCCAGUCCUUAGAGGCCAGGCUUCUAGAUAAAAUGAUUGGGAAGUUGAAUCCUGUCUGCAGCUGUUGUGUGAUCAUGUAUUGAUUCUUUGUGGCUUAUAGAAGUGUUGACGCUCUUGUGAAUAACUUUUGCUUUCACAAACUGCCUGCUGAGGGGCAAAAAGGGCAUUUUUACUACAAGUGUGCAGCUUAGUUUUUAGGUCUCUGAAUCCUGUCACCAGUCAAGAUUAGAGUUGCUCUCCCAUAAAGUUAACACAUGUGCAUCUCGUGUGAGUCAAUCCCAUGUUUUUACAUGUAAAGCAAAAGUUUAGGUUUCCAAGAAAACCUCAGAUAUUGCUUGUUAGACCAGAAUCUACUCUAAAAUGUCUUGCAUGUCUCCUUAACUGGCUUCUUCUGUUUGCAGACCACAGUUCAUGCUUAUACUGCCACUCAGAAGACUGUGGAUGGUCCCUCAGCCAAGGCUUGGCGUGAUGGCAGGGGUGCCCACCAAAAUAUCAUUCCAGCUUCUACCGGUGCUGCAAAAGCUGUGGGCAAGGUCAUUCCAGAGCUUAAUGGGUAUGGAAUAUAUCUUAUUCUCAGAGGCCUCUGUAGAAACUAGUUCCUGUGUCUUUGUAGUUAUUGCAGCUGUUUGUUAACUACAAAACAGGUUAAGCAGUAUUGGCAAGGUAUGUUAAUUGUGCUCAUGCAGAAGAGAGAAACAUGACAUUGCCCAGCAUUAUUUUCUUAGGGUAGUUUCUUGAGGUCUCUCAACAUUUCUUCCCCAGACCUUCUGCCCUGGCUUUCUGAUGAGAGCCCAAACACUUGGCCCAUACAUUAGAUUGCCAUGAAAUGGAUUAGCAAUCUUUAGCAGAACAAUUGUGGCACUUUUUUCAUGACUUACAACAACAGUAAUAACAACAACAAAAAAUUAUUAUUACUAUUAUUAUUAUUAUUAUUAUUAUUACCCUGCCAAUCUGGCUUGCUUUCCCCAGCCACUCUGGGCACCUCCCAACAGAAUAUUAAAAACAUGAUAAAAGAUCAAACAUUAAAAACUUCCCUAAACAGGGCUGCUUUCAGAUGUCUUCUAAAAGUCAGAUAGUUAUUUCCUUAACAUCUGAUGGGAGGGUGUUCCACAGGGCGGGCACCACUUCCAAGAAGGCCCUCUGCCAUGUUUUCCCAAGAGCAGUGCAUAGAAUACAGGUGGUGCUAAGAAUUUAAUGUGCAGAACCACUCUCCUAAAGUGUAUAUAAUUUUGGCUCCUAUUUAGUAGUAAUCCUCCAGGAUAAUCCCCCCCCCCCCCUGUUAAUGACUAACCACCUCUUUUAACAGGAAGCUCACUGGCAUGGCGUUCCGUGUGCCAGUAUGUGAUGUCUCAGUUGUUGACCUGACCUGCCGCCUUUCCAAGCCAGCCUCCUAUGCUCAGAUCAAAGAAGCUGUCAAGAAGGCAGCUAAAGGGCCAAUGGCAGGAAUCCUGGGGUAUACAGAAGAUGAGGUGAGUAUGGAUAGUUUUCUCAGUUGAACAAGCUGUAGAGGGAGAGAAAUCCCAAGGCACACCAUUGAGCCACUUAUAGGCAAGACAGUUCAUCAGAACAAUAAUAAUGCUUUGAUUUACGCUGCUGGGGGAUGCGGUUACAUUCUAAGUUUGUUUUUAGCCAAAAGCUGUUUUAUUCUACACCAGGUGUGGCAUUUAAAGCUGUAGUAUAUUUUUGACUGUGGAAUCCAACAUCCAAACUUUUAAUCACAAAGUCGCUGCCAUUCAUUCACUAGUAAAAUAAAAUGUGGGAUGCUCUGCUUAAAGUAUAAGUAUAGCAUAACCUGAGGGACUGGGCAAACAGUCUUUACCUGCUGGAGCAUCUUACCAACAUCUCACAAGGCUGGAAUCCCAGGGUACCAGGUUGACAUCUGUGAUGAACCAGUCUUUUUUGUUUUUCUUUUGUAUAUAAUUUAAUUCUCAUGCUUCUUUUGCAGGUUGUUUCUACUGAUUUCAUUGGUGAUAAUCGUUCCUCUAUCUUUGAUGCUGGAGCAGGGAUCUCCCUCAAUGAUAACUUUGUGAAGCUCAUCUCCUGGUAAGAAUGAGCAGGUGUUUUUCCACACUGGAGCAUAGUUGGUGUGUCGCCUGAUAAUCCCUUUUCAGAAGGAGAAUUUGCCACCCUGACUUAGGCUUUCUCAGGUAGCAAUGCUGCUUCCUUCGAAAGCUAGCAAGGAACACCCAAUUUUGACCAAGCAGGGAUGACUUCAGGCAAUUAGAACAUUUUGGUUUUGUCAUCUGCUGUGAACAACUUACCAACUAGGCUCCAUAUUUGUAUAUCCAGAGUUCUAUUGUGUCUACAUGAGAGAGGGAGUUGUAUAUGUCGUAGGCAUUAGGGCUGGUUUUCAACAUCGGAAUAUACUGAUAUGCCACAAUGUCUGAAAUAAGGAUAGAGCUAUGUAGAGGCUGACUUCAAAGUUUUGCCCACAAUGUGAUUUUUGCAAAGCAAACCCUCCCACCCACAUAUCAUGAUUCGUGAUAUAUUACCAGAUCAAAAACUAUGAAACCAAUAUCACAAUAUGGGCUUCAAACCGGUUUGGGACACUAUAUUGCCCAGCCCUAGUAGGUGCUUCUAUAAUUGAAAACUGGGGUACUGAUUAUCUCCUGGCUCACUGUCAGAGGCACCUGGGAACUGUGGAUUUGUGUGAUUGAGUCAUUUGGGCUAUGAGCAUUACUUAGACACAGUUUUCUUUCCGUUCUGUAGGUAUGAUAACGAAUAUGGCUACAGCUGCCGUGUAGUAGAUCUCCUGAAGCACAUGUACAGCAAGGAGCACGAAUGAGCACUGCCCACACUCUGCAUUCCAGGCUAUCCGACAGAGUGGCCUCUCACCCUUUUAGUCAAUAGGUUUGAUCUCCUGGCCAGUUCUUCGCUUCGACCACAGAACCCUGAACACUGCACCUUUUGUCACUGUGUAAAGCUUUGUGUGUAUGUGUGUACAUGUGAGUGUGAAUCCUGCUUUCCACAGCAGCUUGUAUGAGCUUUAAAAACGUAGUGAAGACAAAUGCACCGAAUUUCCCCCUGGAGAAAGAGUCUAGCUUUUGGGGUUACACAUUGGUUUGUGUGGCUGUAGUGUCCUUGAGAUCUCGUAAGCAUUGAAAUAAAACCACUGAAGUUAUGUGAACCUGGAAAUGUUUUCA